AUGGCUCCCAAGUCCACACCCUUCAAACUCUCUGAGCCUGCCUCAGUACGCUUCUUCAACAUCUUCCAAGAUGAGGGACAACUCGAAACGACGCGGCGCUUCGCUGCCCCGCUUUCAAAUGCAGAUUACGACCCAAAGGACGAGAACUUCGACACCUCUCAAGUUCACCGCAGCAAAGCCGUCUCCAAGUUCGACAACAAGCCCACCACCAAGAUCGAGUCUGCACCCUCAGUCAAGCGAAUACCAUUAGCCGAUGUCACUCAGGCUACAGUCGGUCGCCCUCGCUCACUAUCCGCUGCGUUAGCUGAAAUCGCCAGGCUGGAGGACGAGCUCGAGGUUUCUAAGGGCAAAAACAAGGAGUUGAAGGGCGAGAUCGUGGCGUACCAAGACGCGCUUCAUCAGGCCGACGAGGAUGCAGGUUACUUCUGA